GAACGCGUUGGUGCCGUGUCUUCUCUGAGAGGCUCUAAUAAUAUCGAUACAAUGACUGCGUGCGUCAUCCGGCGGCAACAAAGACAAGGCCUUUUUCCUUUUGAACAGAACCCUCCAAACAGCAUUAAGCGACCUCGUAUUCUCCAUAGCAACCAUGACUCAACUCUGGUCCGCAGACAACAGGGUCCCCCUCUUCGUAUUCGGCCUCACUACAGGCAUCGCCCUCACCGCUGCAGUCCAAUAUCUCGUCACAAGCAUCUCAGGCACCCCGCUGAACCUCCGCGCCGCUGCCGAUGAAGAUCGCGACCACCGCUCCUCCUCCUCCUCCUCCUCACAACAAGGCCCCGUCGCCCAACGCAAGAAUGUCGAAACUGCCACCCAGCGUCUCGAGCGCCAGUUCACAAUCUCCACCGCCAUGCUCCAUAACCUCGUCAAGGCCUUCAUCCGCGACAUGGAGCGUGGCUUGAAACGCGACAACGCUGUCAUGAAGAUGAUCCCUUCCUAUGUCAUCCGUAGACCCACCGGUGACGAGACCGGAACGUACCUCGCUCUUGAUCUCGGUGGAAGUAACUUUCGUGUCUGUGAAUGCACUCUCGCUGGGAAAGGACAGGUCCGCAUCCGCCAGAAGAAGUUUGUCGUGUCCGAAGAGUUGAAGACCGGCACCGCCACCGCCUUGUUUGAUUACUUUGCCGAGUGUGUUAGUUCCACUAUGGAUGGGUUUGGCUUGGAUAAGCAGGCCGGCACGAAAUUGGGUUUUACCUUUUCCUUUCCGGUUCAGCAGCAGGCUUUGAAUAGAGGAACCCUGUACCACUGGACAAAGGGCUUCACUGCUGAAGGUGUUGUUGGCCAGGAUGUCGUGGGUCUUCUUGACGCUGCCUUGCGGAGGAAGGGCCUGAAAAUCGACGUAACCGCCCUAGUGAAUGACACCGUCGGAACCCUCAUCUCGCACGCGUACCUCGACACGGCCACCACCAUGGGCGUGAUCCUCGGCACGGGCACUAACGCCGCGUACGUCGAGCGCCUGGAAAACAUCCCCAAAUGGACCGGCCCCAAAUGCCCUACCAACGAAAUGAUCAUCAACAUGGAGUGGGGCGCAUGGGGCCAGGACGGGAUCAUCCUCCCCACCACGGACUACGACGUGAAAGUCGAUCGUGCGAGCCCGAACCCGCAGAAACAGAGUUAUGAGAAGAUGAUCUCCGGGUUGUAUUUGGGCGAAUUGACGCGGUAUAUUAUAGUGGAUUUGAUCUCCACUGGGGAGCUGUUUGCGGGACGACGGUGUGAGGCGUUGGAGGUGCAGCAUAGCUUCGACACGGCCAACAUGUCGCGUAUCGAACGCGACCACUCAAUGGAACUAACAGACACCCGCUCCAUCCUCGAGGACCUCUACGCCGUCAAAAAAACCACCCUAGCCGACCGCCGCCUCGUCAAACGCAUCUGCGAGCUCAUCGGAACCCGCGCCGCGCGCAUGGCCGCGGUCGGGAUCGCGAGUGUGGUCACGAAAACGAAUAAACUUGCCGGAACGACGGUGGCGGUGGACGGGAGCGUGUUUGAGCAUUAUCCGCAUUUUGCGAAUCGGAUGAGGGAUGCGCUGAGGGAGCUUUUGGGCAUCAAUGCUGAGGGGAUUGUUUUGGCUCAGGCCCGCGACGGAUCAGGACAAGGUGCUGCACUCAUCGCUGCGCUUGCUGACCACGGCGAGGAGAAGUUGCAGUAGAAUUCACGAAAUCACCCUUCCCUCAUUCGGUUACUGUUAUCACCAUGCCAAAAAAAUGUCGAUUUGGACUCCUCAUUCAUAUUGUCCCCGCCCUGUGUGUCUUUCUGCUACGCUUUUUUCCCCUUCCCAGAGAUCAUGAUGAAAUGAAAUGAACACUGCGUACGGUUAUGAUAGUUUGGAACGGAUCUGCUCCUCGUAGAGAAAAACCGUGCGAUGGUCGAAUACGAACGGCACAAACAGAGGGGCGACAAAGAACCGCUCCAUGUCGCUCAAAGAACACGCACUCCGGCAACAAAAAUCCCAAAAGUCGUCCCCAAAGAUCAAUUCCUCUAAACCAUCCAUUUGCAGAACAUCCCUCCCAUAAAAUAAAAAGCCAAAAAGAACAAAUACCUCUGGCGCCCCCAUCCAUCACUUCAUCCCGCCCGCGUCGUCUUCCCCCCCGUCUUGCCACCCCCC